UUGGAAUAAAAUUGGUGAUGAAGGUGCAUCAGGCUUAUGUUCUAGUUUAGCAAAUUGCAUUAAUCUCUCAAAUUUGACACUUAAACUUUAUUGGAAUAAAAUUGGUGACAAAGGUGCAUCAGGCUUAGGUUCUGGUUUAGCAAAUUGCAUUAAUCUCUCAAAUUUGACACUUGACCUUAGUGGUAAUUAAAUUGGUGACAAAGGUGCAUCAGGCUUAGGUUCUGGUUUAGCAAAUUACAUUAAUCUCUCAAAUUUGACACUUUAACUUGAGUAAAAUCA